AUCACAGAAGGGGCACACGUGAUCUACAAGGAGAAAAAUGUUGGCAUGGUGUUGCCAAACCCCUUUUUGACUGAUUCAGGUGAAGGCAUUAGCUCUUUGAGUCAGACCAUUCUCCUAAGAGAGGAUUUCACCCCAGUUCCAUAUAAGGCUCCACCACCUCCAAAACCAGAAAAAACAUUUCCUCCUUAUACUGGAUUUGGUUCUGAAGAGGAUUCUCUAUGCUCCUGUAUGGGUCUAAUUCUCAAGCCUCCCACAAAAGAUUUCAAGAAAUUCCUGGAGAAAGACAGAAUUGGCAUGGAAAGUAACAUACUGCGCUUUCUUGCAAAACUCAUCACAGAUAGUCCUAUUGACAAGGAUAGGAAAUUGAUUAUUUCCUACUUCCUGAGUGAUGACACUAUUUCAGUUUUUGAACAUGCUCAGCGAAACUCAGGGAUACUUGGUGGGAAGUUCUUGGAAAGAGGUCGCAUUAAGAAGCCUGGACAGGAGCUCUUUAAGAGCGAGCCAUCUGAAUACUUCAAGGCUCAGGAUCUGUUUGUUGGAGCAAGUGUUUGUUUCCAUGGUCACAACUUUCUUUUGGUGGAUGCUGAUGAAUACACACUGAACUACAUGGAGAAGCAUGCAAAUGAGUUCUCUGUGGCUGAUGUUGGUGCCAUCCUCAAGAAGCUGAAAGGUAUAACCGAACCUCGUUCCCGAGAAAUCAGACAGUUGUUUGCAGCCACUGACCCAGACCAUAACAAGGUGAUCGAGUAUGACGCUUUCAGAAAUUUGAUAGUCAGUAUCACUGAUGGAGCGCUUUCAGACCAUGAAAUGGUGACUCUUGGGCGCUAUUAUGGUGUGAAAGAUGAAUAUGAAAUGGACCUCCACUACCUCCUUGCAGUGGCUCAAGAACAACUAAAGAAAAAUAGGUUUGAGAAUUUUGAACAACUAACUGCAGUGUUUCUAUACAAUGACCGUGAAAAAUGUGGAAUGCUGCCUCAUGAGAUGUGCAGGACUAUUUGUAAGUCCUUUAGGUUGCCACUGGCUCGUGAUGAUCUGCAAGCUUUAUUGACCAUGUUUGAAGAUGACAAUAAGCAAGUGGAAUAUAAGAAGUUUGUGGAUGGGCUGAACUGGAGAGAGAAUCCAAUCCCUGUUUUCCAGACAAUAAAGGUGAGGGAAUUGAAGAAUGAAGAUGACUGGACCAGACAACCACCAAUCUUUCAUGUGAAAGACAUCAAAUACUUACCUCUUCUGGAUGAUCUGUUUGGCAAGGAAGAAUAA